CGCACUGGUCUGAAUCACUGCUUGUUCCGGCGCCAUCCUAUUUGGUUACACCUCAUGGAACUGUUUGAUCGCGCACGGUGCUAUCAACAUCUUGUGCUUUCCAUUUUGUAGGUCACCCCAUCGUGAUGAAGCACGAAGCAUUCCAUGUGUGUGGAAUUAGGUAGGUCAGUAUGCCGCAAUGCCCUUUCUUAUAUUUAUCUGCGAACGCUUCUCGCCAUUAAGUUCUGUUUUUCCACCCAUAUAACACACGCUAUACCACAUCUAUCAUCAACACACACAAAGCAAUGGCAUACACAAAGACGCAUCCUAUGUCACCACCGAGCUCGUUGAUGAGUCUACCGCGUGAGCUACGAGACAUGGUAUAUACCAAUGUUUUCUCCUGCUCGCAUACAACGAACGACACAACCGCGCAGGAACAUCAACUGUGCGCCCACACCGAUCGCCCUACCAUCGUCCGCUUGAGCCCUAUCUCCUUCAACUGGCUCGACCUCAUGCGCACCAAUGGUCAGGUCGCAGACGAGAUGCGGCAAAUCUAUCGCAUACCAUCGUAUCACAGCUCCGUCGCUGAUCAGACAUGGUCUGCGCAACUCACUCUCAACAACGACGAGUAUGCUCUGACGUGGACAUCAUUGCCAUGUCCGGCAUCUUGUGUACGACAUCUUUCCAUCGACUUCAAGAUCAACUUCACACUCUCGAAGUUCGGACACUGGGACAACGACAGCAAAGGCAAGCCUGGCAAAAUCUUCCAAGCACUGCGUGAACUGCUCAAUCAGAUCUCUCAUCACGGUCCUAACAUCACUGUCUCUGAACCACUAUCUCGCUCAAUCGUCUUCGAAACUUUGAGCCUCAAUGUGUCGUUCCUCGACGAAGAAAAGCCAUAUCUCAUGCCUUCUGGUCCUGAAAGCAUAUACAUCCUGGGCUAUGGCAAGCGUCGUAUCUAUGCCGGUUUGAUCGAAGACAUCGUCGUCGCGUGCGGCAACAAUGUCUUGGAAGAAAGAGUUCGGAAUGUCAACAUACAAGGACCAAAAAGCUUGGGACGACCCAAGACGGAGAUUGCUAUAGAUGUGAGCAACGACAAGAACUGACAUAGAGCGAAGUCUGAGGAGUCUGAGCUCUGGUCACAUAUGGGAGGGUGGUCUCGAGACGCUAUACUACUAGCAGAAUAGGAUGGCGUUAAAGAAAACAGGUAGAUAUUCAUAAGAUACCUAGAUCCUUUCUACAUUCUCUUCUGGCUUGAUAAUGCGAAGCCCUGGUUCGCAAACAUCCAGAAAAUGUAUACACAAGUUUUUCUCUCCGUUG